AAGAGUGCUAAAAAUGGUGCUGGUGUGGUUGCUACAAGGCAUCACAAUAUAGUCCAUUGCACGAGGUGUGGGGGUGAAGGCCAUAAUAAGAGGAGUUGCACAAAUCCACCGGCACCACAACCAGCUCCUCUGGCUAGUAAAAGGAAGAAACAAGGGGAAAAGAAGGGAGGAGGUGCUGCCCCACAGAAUGCAGUGUCUGCACCUGACAAUGGGGAGACAGUUAGAAGAAGGCCUCAUUGUUCUAGAUGUGGGGCAACUAAUCACAACUCGAGGACUUGUCUGUUGAGGGUUGGAGUUCAGGUU